AUGUUCUCAGUUGUUGCGGUUAUUGUUCAACGGAGGAAAUGAAAAGGGGAUAGGAUCCUCCGAGAUGAUGCAUGCAACGAAAAAACAGCGGUUGUCAUAUGAAAAUAUUGAUAAUUAAAGGUUCUUUGCCUUUGACAUCGUGGAUAUUGUCACUCGAAUAACACUCUGGGCUCCUUAAAUUGAUGGUAUAUGAUGGCUCUGAUUUCUCGUUUUUCUUUGCUAAUCGCUCAUUAUAUGGUGCGCGUCACCAAGGAUCGAUAUUUUUUACCUAUUUUUUGAGAGCUUAUUUCAUAAAUUUAUAUAGCAUUCCUGCAGACACACUCAUAUAUGUCGGCCCUGGUUACGACAUUACACUGUAUGCACCUGAUCCACUUACCGGCCAUUUAGUGCCAAUUAGCCGCAUUCCAUUUCUUCAUUUAUCGAGUGUGCUGAAUUGCUAUGUAAUACGUCGGGUGGUGCAUGAGAACACUAUCCGUACGUAUCUACUUCCAAAUCGUGUUUCCAUUUUCCCUAAAUGACCACUUUCCCUCCGACUCCUGUAACGCGCUAUGACACAGCACGGCGAUAUGGGUUGUCAUGGGCACGGCUGGCUUACAAGGCGGUGAGGAA